AUGAAAAAUAAAUGCAACAACUGCGGAAUUCAAAGAGAGGGAAUGCAGAAAUGUAAAAAAUGCCUCUUGGUGUACUACUGCAGCAGAAAGUGUCAGAAAAAAGACUGGAAAACGAACCAUAAAACUAAAUGUGGAAAGCUGAAAAAUAUCAGAGAUAGUUUUCUUAGUAAACAGCCAUCCAGCGAUUCCGCUGAGAGUGCUUCCUGCGAAUCUUGUGUGUUUUGUCUAACAGUAGGACAAGGCAAGAAGUGCGAACGUUGCCUGGCUGUCAGCUAUUGCUCCAAAUCAUGUCAAAGACAACACUGGCCCGACCAUAAGACCGUUUGCGAAAAGAAUAAUGACAUUGUUGACGUGAUAAAGACUGACGGGUACAAGGAACAGCUGAAAAAGUCAAAAUCAGACAGAUUCCGUUCUCAAGCAAACCAGAGCCGUAAUAGAUUUACAGCUUUUGAUAAUGGAGACCACAUGAUGUUUGGACCGUCAGCAAUGUUCAGAACAGAUUCUGCAGAUCUUUCUUUGCGAAAGUCGACAACAAAAGACCUAAGAAGACAAGCAAAACUUUACGUGGAGCGGAAGUUUCCCCAGCAGUAUAUUAUUGAGGAUAUUGAAGAAAUACCCCAUGAGUUUCCUUUAAGUUUUGGUAAUGCAAGAGUGUCCUUCGUGGGAUUCAUUUCUAGGUAUCACCACUAUAGAGGGCGCCAUUGUGUGUAUAUUCAAGAUGAAAAUAAUGCUGAAAUAUAUGUCGGGUUUUAUCUUGAUAACGAUAAUCCAUAUCCAUAUUUUACCUGGGGAGAUGUGCGUCCAGGCAAGUUCAUCUGCCUCCAUGAUCCCAGAAUUCAUUUCUUUCUUGACGGAUCUGUCGGAAUCCGUGUCAACGAAAGUAACGAAGUUUUCAUUUUUGACACCUGAAUUCAUU